CAAAAUUGCACAGGAGGCACACAGACCACCCAGUGGACUCAAGGACUAUGCCCAGAAGUGUUGCUGUCGCUUAUAAAAAGUGGGUGGGGGUCAGGAAAGUGAGACCCCUGCUUAAUGCCUGGAAAGAGCCCACCCAGUGGUUGGUAGAUGAAGCCAGAGGCUCUAGGCCUGUGAUCCUCAAUCUUGCUGAGCAUCAGAAUCACAUGGAGAAUGUCAAAGACCCCGAGGUCCAGGUCUGUUCCAGAUCAAUGGGAAGAUGUGAGACAAGUAUCUGAAUUCUUUAAGUACAACCAGGGACAGGGCUUCUCCUACUUCCAAAGAGGAAACCUCAACCAGGGCCAUGAUACCACUUCCCCAUCAUCUGUGUGCUGCUUGGUUAAGCUAAUGCUGUGAGAUCCCUGGUCCCUUGUGGAGGAAUCAAGCUGACUCUUGGCAUGAGGCCCUUGCCUGGCAGGGGUUGAGAGGGACAUUGCUAUGGCUUCUCUGGAUGACCCUGGGGAAGUGAGGGAGGGCUUCCUUUGCCCUUUGUGCCUGAAGAACCUGCAAUCUUUCUAUCAGCUUCAGUCACAUUAUGAGGAAGAGCACUCUGGGGAAGACCGUGAUGUCAAAGGGCAAAUUAAAAGUCUUGUGCAGAAGGCUAAGAAAGCCAAGAACAGGCUGUUGAAACGAGAAGGAGAUGACCGAGUAGAAUCAGGGACACAAGGAUACGAGUCUUUCAGUUAUGGAGGGGUUGACCCAUACAUGUGGGAACCCCAGGAACUAGGUGCUGUAAGAAGCCAUCUUUCUGACUUCAAAAAACACCGAGCUGCUAGAAUUGACCACUAUGUUGUUGAAGUCAAUAAAUUAAUAAUCAGGUUAGAGAAGCUCACUGCAUUUGACAGGACAAAUACUGAGUCUGCUAAGAUACGAGCAAUAGAAAAGUCCGUGGUGCCUUGGGUCAAUGACCAGGAUGUCCCUUUCUGUCCAGACUGCGGGAAUAAGUUCAGCAUCCGUAACCGCCGCCACCACUGCCGCCUCUGCGGGUCAAUUAUGUGCAAGAAGUGUAUGGAGCUCAUCAGCCUCCCUUUUGCAAACAAGCUCACCAGUGCCAGCAAAGAUUCCCUGAGCACCCACACCAGCCCCAGCCAGUCACCCAACAGUGUCCAUGGCUCCCGCCGGGGUAGUAUCAGCAGUGUGAGCAGUGUAAGCUCCGUCCUGGAUGAGAAGGAUGAUGACCGGAUCCGCUGCUGUACACACUGCAAGGACACACUGCUCAAGAGAGAGCAGCAGAUUGAUGAGAAGGAGCACACCCCCGACAUUGUAAAGCUCUAUGAGAAAUUACGACUCUGCAUGGAGAAAGUUGACCAAAAAGCUCCUGAAUACAUCAAGAUGGCAGCAUCACUAAAUGCUGGGGAAACAACUUACAGUCUGGAACAUGCUGGUGACCUUCGAGUGGAAGUGCAGAAAGUGUACGAGCUCAUAGAUGCUUUAAGUAAGAAGAUCUUAACCUUAGGCUUGAACCAGGACCCUCCACCACAUCCAAAUACCUUGCGGCUACAGAAGAUGAUCAGAUACUCAGCUACACUUUUUGUGCAGGAAAAGUUGCUGGGUUUAAUGUCAUUGCCAACCAGAGAACAGUUUGAGGAACUGAAAAAGAAAAGGAAGCAGGAAAUGGAGAGGAAGAGGAUCCUGGAGAGACAGGCUGUCCUAGAAUCCCAACGACGGCUUGAGGAAAGGCGGAGUGACCUCGCAUCUCAUGCGGCCAACGGGGAGGUAGUGUCCCUUCGAGGGGGACCUGCUCCCCUGAGAAAAGCUGAGGGCUGGCUCCCGUUGUCAGGAAGUCAGGGGCAGAGUGAAGACUCAGACCCCCUCCUCCAGCAGAUCCACAACAUCACAUCAUUUAUUAGGCAGGCCAAGGCUGCUGGGCGGACAGAUGAAGUGCGCACGCUGCAGGAGAACCUACGGCAGCUACAGGAUGAGUAUGACCAGCAGCAGACAGAGAAGGCUAUUGAGCUGUCCCGGAGGCAGGCUGAGGAGGAGGACCUGCAGCGGGAACAGCUGCAGAUGCUUUGUGAGCGGGAGUGGGAACGAGAAAGAGAGCAGUUCCGGGCCGCGUCCCUACAUACACGGACUCGGUCCCUGGACUUCCGAGAAAUCAGGCCUUUUCAACUGGAGCCUGGCAGGGAGCCUCGCACCCACCUUGCCUGUGCUUUGGAUCUAGGCUUUUCCUCAAUUCAGAGCAGUACAGCUGUGGAGACCCCUUCGCCCUUGUCAGCUCUUGAACCAGUCAGAGUAUGGUCUGGGCCCCCAGCCCUUGGCCAGGAGUCCUUCCCCCAGAACACCGUGUUACAGCAAAAUGAGCUGGCCUCCCUAAACCCCUUCGAUGAGGAAGACGCCUCCAGCCCCACAGCGGAGGGCACCAGCAGCCCUCCUGCUGCAGAGCCUUCCUUUGGCCCCUCCGCCCGCAGCCUCAAAGAAUACAAUCCUUUUGAGGAGGAAGAGGAGGCUGUAGCAGGGAAUCCCUUCACUAACCCAGACAGUCCAGCACCCAACCCCUUCGAUGAGGAAGAUGAGCAUCCCCACCAGAGGCCCUCAAGCCCUCCUGUUCCUGGCAACCCUUUUGAAGGAGCCACCUGUACCAACCCCUUUGAGAUGGACAGUGACAGCGGGCCAGAGGGUGAGGAGCCCAUAGAGGAGGAGCUGCUCCUCCAGCAAAUUGAUAACAUCAAGGCGUACAUUUUUGAUGCCAAGCAGUGUGGCCGCCUGGAUGAGGUAGAAGUGCUGACGGAGAACCUUAGGGAGCUGAAGCGUACCCUGGCCAAACAGAAGGGGGGCACCGACUGACGCCACUGAUUGGGCAGGGCAUCUUUGAGCCCGGGGCCUGGCAGGAGCCUGUGGAGCAGGAAGGGGCUGGUGGCCUGGAUGGGGAAGGAGGGAGGGUGACAACUAAGAUGUGCACAGGUUAGGGCAGGGAAUUAGCUGUUUUGUGCUGUGCACUUGGAGGCUUUUCCAUUAUAGUUGAAUAAUAAAGGGGAACCAGAACAGGGAGAAUCAGCAUUCAUUUGCUGUACUUCCUGGGGGUUUUGGUUUUGUCUUUUUGUUUUUGAAUUGGGUUUUCCCUGUAGAAGGGAUUUUAAAUUUUCAUUCCCGAGUAUAACUAAAUGCAGUUCUGUGGGGCAGCCUUCAUGGGUCCAUUUGCUCCUGCCUAGUCUUUGGUCUUUAUGCAGUAUUAUAGGGCACUUUUCUUUAGUCAAGACAGACAAGAUGGAUUCCCCUGAACCUAACUCUGGUCUGACAGAAGUCUGUCCCCAUUAGGCUGUGGGUUCUUUCACCUGGGGCUUCCUCUGCCCUGCUGGGUACAUCACACCUGUGCAGCAGAGGGGGGAGGGGGGGUUAUUGCCCUGAAGGCAAUAGUUUAGGCCCAGGAGAGCCUAGCAGCUCUUUUUAAGCAGGGGAGGAGGGGGUGAUGUUUUACCAGGGCAUUUCCCUAUUGGUUUAAGUCCUUUUUUGUCUCUUUCAGGAAGUUAAACUUCCAGUGCAGGCGUAUCACUGGGUCUGACCACAGGCUGUUUAGAAAAUAGGAGUGGUGACCUUUUUGGUUGAUGGAGGCAGUAGUAUUUGGGAGAAGAAUCUCUACCCAAAUGUUCCUCUGAAUGAUGGAACAAUUUGUCCCCAGAGAAACCUCCCUCUAGAAUUUUGGUGAAAAUACCCUGAUCUGGGCUUUUUCAGAGGGUCCAGGCUAUAAUUUAGGAUUGGUAAUCAGGAAGCUUUUGUGGAACACUGCCAUGGGAGUGGAAGCUUCCUUGAGUCAGAAGAUAAAAUAAUUUUUAGGGCUAGUUGAUCAGCCACUUCCCUUUCGAUUCAUCCUGUUCUGACCUGGGGCACCUGUGAGGUGUUUUCCUACCUAUGUUUAGUAUUAAGGAAUGGGAGUGUUUGAAGAGGCACAACCCAGGAUCAUUCCAGUAGCACCACAGUACUUGAACUCUUUGUCAAUUAUGGGCAAAAAGGGAAAUUGUUAAUUUAGCUCCGGUGCUUUGGUUUACAGGAACAUAAUCCUUAACUCAUGUUGGACAUCAUGAUACCCAAGUGUGCUCAGCUCUAGGUAGAGUUCCUGCAAUUAUGCUUUUUGAUUAAAGAACAAUAACUAAAAAAAAAAAAAAAAAAAAAAAAAAAACAAUAACUGACCACUAGUCACUUUAUACCCCUUAACUAACUCUGGGUCAUACUUUUCACUAGUUACUGGUGUGAGAGCUGAGAUUCGUUUUGUUACCUUCUGGGAAGACCCCUGUUGGUCUUGAGAAUGUUGGAAAAACUGGUGUAAAGGUAGUCUGUAUUUGACACUAUUCACAUUUCUUUAGUAUCUGUUGGAUCUUUGGGCUGAAUGAAAAGAUCCUGCAUAGGGUUGUGGGAAUGGGAAGUGUGUAGAGGGUGUGUGGAGGACCCUUUGCAUCAUGGUUGUGUUCACAAAGGCAUAUGAGUGGAUUACUAGUGUCAACCAAGUUACCAGCCUUGCUGGUGGGUGUGGUGGUUGGAAAGUUGGCAACCAGGUAUCUAAAGUGUUGCCUGGUACAGGUGUCUUUCUUCCUUCUCGUGCCCUUCCUGCGGUCGUUAUGGAGGGCUUCAUGGCUGCCUGGCAUGCUUCCUACUGCUAGUCUCUCAGUGCUCUCUGAUUGAAGAGGAAGACACUGCACCAAAAGGCAGGUAGUUCCAGAAGCUAAAUGCUGCUUUCCAUCAUAAUUACUUUUCUUACAAGAAUGUAUCUCUUUAUUAGCUAGGGAUUUCAAUUCAGAUUAGUUUACUGAAUAUACUCUUUUCCUGAAAUCAACCCAGGUAGCAAUCUGUAAGUAACUAAGAGCAUUAAGAACCAUACAUAUAAGAAACAUUAUUUUUAAACUUAAAAACACUGAGUAUACUAAACCAAACUAAAACCUUCUGAUGUAAGUGAAUUCUUCCAUAGGUGUAUUCCUCCAUGAAUUUUUCCAUGGCUGUAUUCUAUAGUCAUAGAUGUGACAGGAGAUAGAAUUCUCUAUCCCUAACGUUUCCCAGAAUUCACACAGGCACAAAGUUGGAUUUACAGAGAUGGGUUAUCAUCAGGGCAAAUAAAGAUGGCCGAUGCAUUGCAACCACAGCUUCAAGUGCUUACCUCAUGUGAAUAUUUCACUCUUCCUGCAGUCCUUCAAAGCAAACAGCUCCAACUCAGAGAAAAUAAGCAAGUUCUCGAUACAGCAUUGGCAGAUCUCCCUAGACCUAGAUCAUGUAUGGAAGAGACUUUGGGAAUUCAGGCAUCAAAUGACGUUGGGUUUUUUUUUUUGUUUUGUUUUACGCCUUGUUUGUAUUUUUCCAUGUCUAAUACACUAAGGACACUUACUCAUUGUUCUUGCAGCUCAAUGUCUGCUGUUUGGAUACUUCUGAGUAUACUUCUCAAGGUAUACUUACGAGUCAUCAUGACCCAGGUGGUAGGUUGGACAUACAUUGGCAUAAUUAGGUGUUGGUACUCAAAGAGAGAAACUGGUCUCUUUACCAGGUUACAGCCUAUGGUAGCAGAUUGUACUGGUCAUCUGACAGUGACAGCUUGAGGGGCAUUGUUUGCAUGCACUACUCUGGGGCCUUGUAUUGGAACCUUUUUAAAAAAAUAAACUAACAGAUGUUA